UUUGCGGGACACUUGAAGAGCUUUGCACAGUGACGGGAGACUUCUCAAAAUCUAGGAAGCGGGGAACCCACUCCCGUUCCUACAUGAUAAAAGGGUCCCUGAGCAACGACAACACAUCCCGUUUUGGCGCGAGUUGCCGUCGUCGCUCCAUUUUUCCGUCAUGAGCGCAGAUUUGAACCCCAUCGACCUUGACGCGACCCUUGAGGAUGUAGCGCACGGCAACUCAUCGUCACUAGCAUCAAAGCCGCCGCUCGGCGCCGGGGCGGCCACGGCGGCAUACGAGCGAGACCUCGAAAAAGGAGCUUUGGCGCCCACCUCGAUGAACCACGUGAGACGGGAUUCAAGCACAACCUCAAGUUCGUUUUACAGCCGCAACGUACGCUAUUAUUACAUGUGGAAAGGCCUUCUUCUGGCCGCUUGGCUAGGCCUGUUCGCUGCCCUAGCUUUUCUUCGAUUGUACACGAUGCUCUCCAGGGUUCCAGUGAUAAUCCCGACACCGGCCGCUGUAGCCGCAGCAUUUAUGAAAACGAAAGGGAUCUUCCGGAUAUGUUUAGGAGUUUGCGCUCUGCUAGAGCUCGCAGGACUCGCCACUUACGUUUACUCCUUGCGAUCCGCUGUCUGCAUGGCGGCCAUAACUAUGUGCUCAUCAGUUUUUCUUUCUGCGGCGUUGACAAAAUUGACCCCCGACAUAGCGAAAGGAAUGCAUAAUGUGAAGUGCACGUUGAUCCUGCUUCUGUUCUCCAUACUUGCUAGUAUCAAUGAAGCUGUCGGGAAGGCUUAUCUCUUGGCAGCAAUGGACGAAGUACUGAGCCCGACGGGGGUCGGAGACACGCUUUUAUACUUCUUCGUGGCAGACCUCCUGGGCAUGUUGAUUUUGUCUCCUAUAUUAUUAUCGAUCGACCGAGACACCAUCACACAGCUGAUUUACGAGAAGUCGCACUGCGUCCGCUGGCGGCAGACGACGGUACUUGUCGCGAUCUGGGUCUUUGUUGGCUCAAUCCCGUUCGCUUUCAAGGGUAUGGAUGAUGAUCAGUAUACGGCAACAUUCUUCAUCAUCUUGCUUCCGGCCCUUCUGUCAGCCAUGCUGGCGGGCAACAACGGGGUGUGCAUUACGGUAGCCAUCGGUUACGCCGCUUUUUUGGGAGUGGAUGUUCUUUUUCGCCAAGCAGCGAAUGCUCGAAAAAAACGGCCCAGCAUAUUGUUGCCCCUUCAGUUUUGGUGCAUCAGUCUCCUUUUGUGCUCCUUCUUGAUGAUUGCGGCUUAUGCUGAGCGAGAGUCUUACCGGAGCGCUUAUCGGCGGCUGAAACGAGAAUCUCAGAGGAAACAACCUCGCGGGGAGCCGGGUCGGAGCCCGGGGACAGUGGCAGGACAGGAAUGUGCCUUGAUUUUGGGGUAUAUCUGGAGUGAAACGCGGAAGCCUUUGGAGAAGAUGACGGACCUCUGCAACUCGAUGAUGGAGCCUGACUUUCUGAAUUCUGAGGAUGUGGAAUCCAUUACGGCCUCAGCAUCCCUUGCUGCCAUGGCCAUUAAGAGAUCAGUCCGCCGGGUGCAAGGUCUCCUGACCGAUGCAAAUGAUAUAUCAGACAUUAAUAGUGGGCGACUGAUUCUCAAACCGAAACCGAGCAAUCUGUAUCACUUCUUGGAUGACGUGUGCCGAAAAUUAAAUCUCGAGCUGGGCGACAGGGAAAUCUCGGUCGCGGUGAGAUUGAUGCCAAGACUACCAGAAUGGGUACGGAUGGAUGAAAGCCGGCUGUCGACCAUCAUCGAACGCUUGGUCCUGAACGCUGCGGAGCAUACAGCAUCUCAAACUGAAAUUGUUCUGGAAGGUGCCGGGUCUUCGCCGUACUCCCCGUCGCAGAAUGGUCAAGUUACGGUCGAUGUGAACUUUACCCUCAACAUCCCAGACUGGGUGUGCGACCCUGACGAGUAUGCGGUUGUUCUUCGCCCCUACGCGUACCCAGCGUCUUCAAACAACGACGCAGGCCCACUAUCGCUUGCUCGUGCAAAUGCGAUCGCACGGCUCAUGGGAGGCCAGGUGCUGGUCUUCGGACAGCGAAAUAGGGGAACGGUCAUAAGCUGCAAAGUUGCCUUGGAGGUAGUGAGCACGUCCACAAAGUUUUCGGGGAAUGGGCCACCGAUCGGCCCUCCAUCAGCGACAGUGAAACCGCAGCCCUUGCCCUCCGCAAUUGCAAAAUCAAUGCAUCGCCAGGUCUCCGCUGCCAUGUUGGAGGCCACCAGGAACAUGGGGGAUAAACUGGGAAGCGUCGUCAGUCUACGACGAAGGUCUAGGGACGCGUCGCAUAUAUUGGGAGAUAAGCCUUCAACUCUCUCCUCGACGCCUUCCUCUCCGCUGCUACCACUGGAAGCCUCAGGGCAGAUUGGCAGCAAGGUUGGAUGCAAAACGGAGGGAGCGCGCGGGAAGCCUCUCCGCUUGCCUUCAGAAAUGGGGCCUGGGCAAAAGUUGGUGCUAGUCGCGGAUGACUCGCGCGUCAAUCGAAUGAUUAUGAGCCGGAUACUGAAAAAAUAUCCGCAAGUCGAAGUGCAUGAGGCUACCAACGGCCUGCAUGCGUUGGAGCUAUGCCAAGCUUUCAAAUACGACAUUGUCUUUAUGGACAUCUGGAUGCCACAUCUUGACGGAUACCAAGCGUCGUUUCGUAUGCGUCACGGCAACUCCUAUCUGGGACCUAUAAUCCUGAUGACGGCGGACGCGGAACAGUUAGACAGUACCAUUAAGAACGGCGUGAACGAUAUGCUCUACAAGCCCAUCCAAAAAGGAGACAUUGACAGAACGCUGAAAACGUACGGCAUUGUGCCCGGCGGCCAAGUCCCGGCCACUCCGCUUAGCACCGUUCAAACGAUUAGCAGUGUUGGGUCCCCUGAAGCCCCGACGCAAUCUGACGUCAUGGACAGGAAAUCGGGGUAUUUUGACUACCCAGGACCUUUUUCGUCGCAUGGAUCACCUCCGGAAGGGGCAUCGUCGAGCAACUCCAGAAAGAGCAGAGACAUGGCAUCCUCCAUCUCUUCGAUCUCUUCGAUUAGCGCCACUUCUGGAAGAUCACAUCCGAGAAGCAGUUUACAAAGGCCGAUUCAGGUGGAUCCGAUCUUGAUCGUGGAUGACAACGCACAAAGUCGGUGGACGCUGAGGGAUCUGCUGAAGCAGCUCGCCCCACAUCGGGCUGUCAUGGAGGCGGAGGAUGGGGCCAAGGCUGUGGCGCUUUGCACUUCGGGAAUCAUGUUUGCGCUCAUAUUUACGGAGUUAACUAUGCCAGGGAUGGAUGGAGAUGUUGCCGCGACAAAGAUCAGAAACAUGAGAGCGAUUGGUGGUGGGCCGCCGUAAGUUGACAAUUGCUUGUGAUUAAGGUUUUCGGGGCAUAACAUUUUUUGGUUUUUGCAGCAUUAUCGCUAUCAGUCGCCACUCUCUAGAUGCCGAAUCAUUUGCUGCCCUUCGUGCAGCAGGAAUCAACGAUGCAACAUCCAAACCGGUAUCAAGGGAGAAUCUGAGUAAUAUCCUCAAAACAUACGGCGUGUUGGCCAAGAACACACCGGACGAUGCGAGGUCAGCUUCUGUGUCCGAGAUUGAUUUGGAAGUGGUUGGAUCCUCGCGCAAAAGUCGUGCUCCACACAAGGACCUAUAUCGGAGUUCCCUGAAUCGAUCCAGAAGCCGAUCGCCGGACGGAAAUUUUCGGAGACCGUCUGACGGUGCCCGGAGGAAACGGUACAAAG